CAGAGGGGUUGGGCCCGGGGACCCCCUGGCCUCCUCCUGCACGCCCCUCAGCGCCCACACGCACUCUUCCCGCACCGGGGGCUCACCCAGGUCUCUUGGGUCUGCUCCUGCCUGAGUCCCAGGUGUCCCAGUUGUCACCGCGCCCCCCCACUCCCAGGAUGCAAUGGCGCAGCUCCCCCGGCUAAGCCGCCUGGGUGCCCCCUCUCUUUGGGAUCCAGCUUCUCCUGCUGCCACCUCAGGCCCCAGACCUCGACUUUGGGAGGGUCAAGAUGUGCUAGCCAGAUGGACUGAUGGGCUGCUGUACUUGGGCACCAUCAAGAAGGUGGACAGUGCUCGGGAGGUGUGUCUGGUUCAGUUUGAGGAUGACUCCCAGUUUCUGGUUCUGUGGAAGGACAUCAGCCCAGCCGCCCUCCCCGGGGAGGAGCUCCUCUGUUGUGUCUGUCGCUCUGAGACUGUGGUCCCUGGGAACCGGCUGGUCAGCUGUGAGAAGUGUCGCCACGCAUAUCACCAGGACUGCCACGUUCCCAGGGCCCCAGCCCCCGGGGAAGGAGAGAGCACAUCCUGGGUCUGCCGCCAGUGUGUCUUUGCCAUCGCCACGAAGAGGGGAGGCGCACUGAAGAAGGGUCCCUAUGCCCGGGCCAUGCUGGGCAUGAAACUCGCACUGCCAUAUGGACUUAAGGGGCUGGACUGGGAUGCUGGACAUCUGAGCAACAGACAGCAGAGCUACUGUUACUGUGGAGGCCCUGGGGAGUGGAACCUGAAAAUGCUGCAGUGCCGGAGCUGCCUUCAGUGGUUCCAUGAGGCCUGCACCCAGUGUCUGAGCAAGCCCCUCCUGUACGGGGACAGGUUCUAUGAAUUUGAGUGCUGUGUUUGCCGGGGCGGCCCCGAGAAGGUCCGGAGGUUACAGCUUCGCUGGGUGGAUGUGGCCCAUCUUGUGCUCUACCAUCUCAGCGUUUGCUGCAAGAAGAAGUACUUUGAUUUUGACCGAGAGAUCCUCCCCUUCACCUCUGAGAAUUGGGACAGUCUGCUCCUGGGGGAGCUUUCGGACACCCCCAAGGGAGAACGUUCUUCCAAGCUCCUUUCCGCUCUUAACAGCCACAAGGACCGUUUCAUCUCAGGGAGGGAGAUUAAAAAGAGGAAAUGUCUUUUUGGUCUCCAUGCUCGGACCCCUCCUCCUGUGGAGCCUCUCACUGGAGAUGGAGCCCCCACCAGGUCACUGGUCCAUGGGGGAUGGAAAAUUUGUUCAGGGAUCAGUUUGGAGGGGCAGGGCCCUGGGGGAGGGGUCUCACGUCCCCUGGGGAAACGACGGAGGUCGGAGGCAGAACCCCUGAGGAGGAGGCAGAAGGGGAACAUGGAGGAACAGGGGCCGCCCACAGCAGCGCACAGUCGGCAUGGGUCCCGGGAGCAGAGGGAGCGGGCUCGUCUGCAGAGGGCGCUGCAGGCCUCAGUGUCUCCGCCACCCCCCAGCCCUAACCAGAGCUACCAGGGCAGCAGCGGCUACAACUUCCGGCCCACAGAUGCCCGCUGUCUGCCCAGGUGCACUGUGGGAGUGUCGCAGGGAAGACAUGUUUCCCUGCUUCGGGUCCUGACUUGCCUGUUCCCCAACCUCAGCAGCCCCAUCCGGAUGUUCGCUUCCUUCCACCCUUCUGCCAGCACCGCAGGGACCUCUGGGGACAGUCAACCCCCAGACAGGUCACCCCUGGAACUUCACAUUGGCUUCCCCACAGACAACCCUAAAAGUCCUCCCCACUCUGUGAUGACCCCAUCUUCCUCGGUCCCAGCCCUGAGCCCUGGCCUGUCUAGACAUUCAGUUCCCCCUUCUCCCUUGUGCCGUAGUUUGUCUCCGGGGAAUGGGGGGGGAGUCCGAGGUGGGGUUGGCUACCUGUCCCGAGGGGACCCCGUGAGGGUGCUUGCUCGGAGAGUGCGGCCUGACGGCUCUGUGCAGUACCUAGUUGAGUGGGGGGGAGGGGGCAUCUUCUGACAGCCCACUCCUGCUUACUCCCCAUUCACACACUGGCACUUUCACGCGCUGACCUCUGACCUCACCUACAGCUGGGAUGUACCUGGACAGGGAGGGAUGCUCCCUCAUGCCCAGGCUGGAAUCCAGGGGAGCAGGGAAGAACACCUCUUCUCUGCCCCUUCAAGACUCCUGACCCCCCUCAUCCUUCUCAUUUACUUUGAUGUUAUUUUGUUACAGCUUUUAAAAUAUUUUUUAAAACUAUUUAACCCCUGGGUAUAGAGAUUGGGGGGUGGGGGUGUCCAGAAUUCCAGACUCUGUAUGACUGUAAUAAAGAGAAAUAAACAAA